UUGAUAAUAUGUUCAAUUAUUUUAUUUUCCAUGUUGAAGUCAUAUUGUCAUAAAAAGAAACUAAGAAAUGGAAGUGGUAAGCAAAAUUUAGAGCGUAAGUAUAGAAGCUACUAUUAUUAUGGAAAAGAUAUUUUUAAGGUUUCGUAUAUUUCGUUGGAACUCUAAAAAAAAUUCUAUCCACCAUAUUUAGAGCCUCCACUAUUGAGUUUGCCCUUAUUUUUAUUAGACAAGAUACGAAGGAAGAUGACAUACACGAAAUAUUCAAGUAAUUACAGAUGGCAAGGUUGACGCUGCCUUGUCGCAAACUCCAAAUAUUAUACAAAUAAUGAAAAAAAGGGCAAGUCUAACGCCGUACUGCCCUUUCCAAAACUAAAUUAUAAAAUAAAACCAGCCAAAUAAACUAGGGUUCUAGCUUCUCUUUUCCAUUUCCUACUAUAACCAUAUACCCAAAAAAUAAAAAAAUAAAAAAAUAAAAAAAUAAUAGGAAAAUGAAACAAAAAAAGAAAAAGAAAUGGCCACCGUAUCCUAAGCGAAACGUGCCGCAUCAUUAACUGACAAACAUCACCAUCUUCCACAUCUGCCCCAAUUCUCCAUGUUCUCUCUCUUUCACUCACUCACUCACUCACCUACCUUGUGAGCGCGUCCAGCUCACAUCUCUGAACCAAUCUACACCUAUAAACCCUGUCUAUAAAUAAAUUAGUGUCAUCCAUCAAAAACCUAUAACCAAAAAACAAAACAAAACAAAAAAAGAAAAAGGGGAAAAGCCACGCGAGCUUGGUCCAACACUGCCACGUGUUUACAGUGUGGUGGCCCACAGAAAAUGAGAAGAAAAGAUCGGAAAUAGAAAAAGAAAAAAGAAAAGGGAAAAAUCCACACAAAAGAGGAGGGAGGAAGGAAGUGGAAGAGUUGUUUGUUGAGAAACACAAGAAAAAAGAAAGCAAGCAAGCAACCAACAAAACAAAGCAAAUCCACCACAUAUAAAAGCCUCCCCUCAUUAUUCUUUCUUUCCUCUUCUUCUCUCUCUGUCUCUGUCUCUCUCUCUCUGCACACACACAACAACACAACACAAAACUCACCUAAAUAAAAAGGAGAGAUUUUCUCUGGCCACCCUCUUCUUCCCCUCUCUCUCUCUCUGUGCAAAAACAAGGAAAAAAGAUAAAAACGACACUGACGACACUAUGGCUGCUGCUGCUACUGACGACGACGGCUGGGUCAACCUGGCCAUGAACGACGAGGCGGCGGUCGUCGACGUUCUUCUCCUCCUCAGGCACGCCGAGCCGCCGCGGCCGUCCAAGACAAGCCGUGACCUUCCGUCUCUGCGGUGGAGCGUUAGGCAGCGCCGCUCCAAGAACGUGCCACGUCAUCACCAUGCCAGCGACCUCGUCGUCGUUGAGGGUAAGGAUAAGAAGAAGGGCGAGUCGAGCGCCGCCAGAGCCAGCCCCACCACGCCGCUCUCCUGGAGCGGCGCCACUUCGGUUAGCGGCGGCGCCCUCGACGGCUCCGAAGAGUCCAGCAGGCCCCCCAAGCCGACCGAUGCCGCGAGAUCUAAGGUUGCUGUUAGAAGUGAAGCAGCCAUCUUCAAGAGACCAAGAAAGAAGAAGACGCUUGCUGAACUAAAAGAGGAGGAGAGUUUUCUGUUGAAGGAAAGACGAAACUUGAAAAAUCAACUGGCAACACUACACCUCACUGUUGAAAAACAGAAGGCCACAAAUGAAAGCUUGAGAAAAAUAAAGAUGAUUACACGUUGUCUCAAGACUUCAAGGUCACUUUCAUUUCAACAGUGGCCUACUCCUGGUUCUCUAGUUUCCUCCACUAAGGAUGCUUCCUGCAUUCAACUAUGUCUUGAUUUGCAGUUGCCCCUGACAACGAUGAAAGCUACAACUUCUGUUGUGCCUGGUGAAUCCAUUUCGUACCAACUUGAGCAAGUAAAUGCAGUUGGUGUCCCUACAAAAAUCAUGCCAACAAUUGUUCAUUGCAGUAAUCUUGGCGCUUCCCAAAGCUCCUGUCCACCAAAUGUUUCUUGCAAGGUAGAAGAGGCUGGGAGCCAGGAUGCUGCCUUUUCGCUACCUGAUUUAAAUCUACCAUUUGGAGAUGACCCUAGCUCCGAGGUUUUAUACCGAACAAGCUGAGCAGAUUCAAACGUAUACAAAAAUUCAGUUGCUCUAAUUAUGUGGCAUAAAGAUCAUCAGCGGUAUUUAGCUGAAUAAGAUUUAACUCCUUGCUCCUAAGUUCCUAACUGUAUUUUAGGUUGACAGACUGAAAGUGUAAGUAUAAAAAAACGAGUUACCUUGAUCGCUUCUGGAAGUGAAUGCGGACAUUAAUUUGUUUUUUCAUACACGAAAGAACUGAGGGUAGUGUAGAGAUCCUAACCCUUUAGUUAAUACAUUCUUCCCUUGUUCAGGUUUCUAUGUUUGUCUGAAGUUCUUUGGGAACCCUCAUCCUUUUUCCUCUUUUAGUUUAUUAAAAAUAUAUUGAACUGUUGA